CUAAAUACCAUCUAACAAAUUGGCCUUUCUAUCGUAUUUAAGGUAUUUCUCAGUUCUCGGCGUCAUACUAGACUCCCAAUAGAUACCGCCGCUCCAAUUUAAAGUUCCGGGUCAUUCUCUCAACGCGUCGAUACAGCAGCAAAUUUAAUUUUUAUUUACUUCUAAUAUUUCAUCCCACUGUGGUUUCAAUCCAUCAUCUCUUAUAAUUUACUACAACCAUCGCAACCUCUACAAUCCUUCCUAUAAUUAUUCGAUACAGACAACCAAGCAACGAUGGCUCCCCCCGCGGGUAAGCGCGUCAAGGGCGUGCAAAUCUACCGUCCCUUCAUCUACGGCACCACGGCGCGCCCCUUCAACGACACCGACAACGUCCGACCAGCCGGCGUUCCCUCCGACCACACGCAUUCCUGGCAAGUCUUCGUCAAAGGCGUUGACGACACCGAUAUCUUCUACUGGCUACGCCGCGUGCAAUUCAAACUCCACGAGUCUAUCCCGAACCACCUACGCACCCUCGACGCGGAAACCAUAAUCCGCGAGAACGAAUCCAAACCCGCGUCGCAGCGCCAAAAGGCGUUUGUCGUCAACGAGACCGGAUGGGGCGAGUUUGAGAUUACGAUUCGUUUGUACUAUGACAGCCGUUCGAGUGAGAAGCCGCAGACUUUGUACCAUCACUUGCGUUUACAUCCCUACGGGCGCACAGAGGCUGAAAAGGAGGCUAUGCGUAAUGGCGGCGAGGUCGUGGCUUGGGUGUACGAGGAACAAUUGUUCAAUGAGCCGUUCGAGGAUUUCUAUAAGGUCCUUACGACCGGCGCGCGCGAUAAGAAUGCGCCUACCGGCGGUAAGGGCAAGGGUAAGGGUAAGACCGGCCAGUCGUCCGCGGAGGGCAGCAGUGAUGUGAAGGAGCGCAGCGCUAUGAUUCCCCUGACGAAUAAACCGGGUCAACCGUUCAGUCGCGAGACGGAACAACUCGAGAUCAAGCGACUUAAGGAGGCCGAGGAUAAGGUCCAGCAGAUGGUAUUGGAGAUGACGAGGGCCGUCAAGGCGAAGGAGGCUGAACUUGCGGAACUCAAGGCUUCGGCGAAAACGACGGCCGCGGCGGCCCCCAACGCCUAGAAGGCGUCGUCGGGACGCGGCGAUUUUAUUGAUGGUGAUUAUAACGAUGAUAUGAUUAGUGAGGAUAUAUCUACUGAUGAAGAAGAGGAAGACGAGGAAGAGAAGCCGACACCGCGAAGAGGAAGACCGAGAGGUAGUUUAGGUACUACGACUACGCGCCAGAAGGCAACUCCUAAGAUGCCUAAGAAGGCAUUGUCGAAGCAGGUGAAGGGAAGACGAGCAUCUAACAAGCAAGCUCAGAAGGACCAGACACCCAACAAGGAACCGACCAAAAUGCG